GCACAAUAGCAGGUUUUGGAUGAAUGACUAGCUAUUUACAAGUGUGAUCAGUCAAAGGUUUAGGUUACUUGUGUGAAAGUAGUCCAACAGCGAUGAAAUCAGUAGAAGAGAGCUGCACAAACGUGUCUUUGUGAUGUGAGGUCAUGUGAUGUCAUCCUCAUCGCUGUAUAAUGUGGAAUGUAGAGGAUGUCGGAGAGUCCAAUGCCACAGUUCGAGCGCUGCAUGAGAGUUUAAUAAUGUUCCAGUGCAGGACAUGUGGAUCAACAACCCACCGUUUAAAAGACCGACCAUCACCGUUGUCGAGCAGCUUCUGUGGCCUCUGCCUGUCUCUUGCGUUCUUGAGGUAAAGCAGGUACAGCAGGCUGAUCUCGCGCUGUGAGGCCGGAAUACAGAAUGCGACUAUUAUGCGGCCUCCUCGUCACACUUUUAUUUGCUGAGACAGUUGCUGAAAAAAAGUACUGUUGGUACUUUGAAGGAGAUUAUCCUGUGUACUUCAUAUGCAAGACAUAUGAGGACUGCUGUGGCACACAAUGCUGUGUUCGAGCCCUUUCUGUUCAGAGAAUAUGGUAUUUCUGGCUGCUGCUGAUAAUUGGCAUUUUGUGCUGCUGCAGUACUGGGUACUUCAUUCGCAGACGUGUCCACCCUUACUCUCCACCCGAGGGAACUGAUUUUAAUGUGUCCUUUACCAGACACCCCAUCACAGCACCAGGAUUGCAUCAAGCUGGCUUUCACAAUUAUGGAGACUCGGAGACUGCAGUCAUCUCCACCGUCUACCCAGCGCAGAACCACCCCAGUCACGUGACUGCAGUGUAUUCAGCCCUGCCGUCCUACUACAGCCAGCCCCCUCCUUCCUAUGAUCAGGUCAUGCAGGACUCGCAGAAGAAAUAAACAGACCCUUAGCACAGUGACUUUUUCUUAUUCAAACUGUGAAAGAAAGAAACAGAAGAAGCUCAAUAACUCAGGCAUGACUGGAAGAAAACAAACGUACAAACUGGAGCAGAAGUACGAGUACAAAAACUAGAAGUUAAAGACACUGAAACGCCUCCAUCUUUCUCUCAGCAUACAAGACUGCUGGCGGCUUACGGUUCCUCAUCUGUGGUCGCAGAAAGUGCACUUAAGUUUUCAAUGUCAGGACUGAAGUAUAUGUUUAUAAGCAUAACAGGUUAUACAUAAGCUUUCAUAUUAGUGCCAGGGAUUAUAGCAGAUCAGUUUAAGAACAGUAACAACAAAGCCUCAACAAACUGCUUGUUUUAUACUUUUAUAUUGUUCGCUUUAAAAAUAUUUUCAUAUGUAAAAUGAAAUUUAUUUCUUCACACAUAAAGGGUAUUAAACACUUCCUGAAUGUCAAUGAAAGUUAUUGAUUAAAAUCCACUGACUAAUACAACUUUUUAUAUUAGACUUAUCACCCAUAACC